GCAGAAGAUAAAAUCAUAGGAGAGAGAAAGAAAGAGUAUAAAACAGUGAAUGCUACGUGUUAUGUGAUUUUAUAAAUGGUGGGGUUAGUUAGUGAUGCAUACUAGGAUUGCCAUUAUUAUUCAUUUUGAAGAAAAUUUUCAGAGAGAGAAACAAGGUUAUGGAAUUAGAGAGAGAAAGAAGUAAUGAAAUGAAUAUUGUUGUUGCUGAUAAUAAUAAUAAUGGAAUAAGUUGUUCAAGAUUAUCAUCUCUUUUUGCUACCAAAGAUCGUGAUUUUCUCCUCACUUCUGAUGAUACCCAGAGUGAGGAAGUCAUUUUCAGGUCCAGGCAAGCCAAACAAGGUGUUGCCACCACUACUAAUGAAUUAAUGGUGAAAAUAUCUGAGCUUCAAGGCAAGGUAGUAGGAAUCUACUUCUCGGCCAAUUGGUUUGCUCCUUGUCGAAAGUUCAACGAACUUCUAAUUGAUGUUUACGAGCAGCUUAAGAGCCAAGGGUGUGAUUUAGAGAUCGUUUUGGUAUCCUCUGAUGAAGAUAUUGACGCAUUUAACAAUUAUCGCGCUUCCAUGCCUUGGCUUUCGGUGCCAUUUUCAGAUUUGGAGACAAAAAGAGCCCUAAAUCAAAGUUUCAAUGUGGAAGCUAUGCCUUGUUUAGUAUUCCUGCAGCCUAAUUAUGAGGUAGAUGAUGUUACGAUGCGUGAUGGAGUUGAACUUAUCUAUCGGUAUGGAAUCGAAGCAUUUCCUUUUACUAAGGAGAGGUUAGAGAUAUUGUUGAAGGAACAGAAAGAGAAGGAAGAGAACCAGACGUUGGUUAAUUUGUUAACUAAUCAUGAUAGAGACUAUCUUUUGAGCAACGAUCCUUUGUCUCACCAGGUACCGGUGACAUCUUUGCAAGGCAAAACAAUAGGACUAUACUUUUCAGCACAAUGGUGCGUACCUUGUGUCAAAUUUAUCCCAAAGCUAAUCUUAAUCUACCAAAAGAUAAAGCAAAACCUACCAAAAGAGGAAGACUUCGAGAUAGUGUUCGUAUCAAGUGAUCGCGAUGAAGCAUCCUUUCGCUCUUAUUUUGGAAGAAUGCCAUGGUUGGCGAUACCCUUUCGUGACAGCACCUCUAAGGACCUUGCUAAACAUUUCGACGUGAGAGAGAUCCCGUGCUUGGUCAUCUUAGGUCCGGAUGGUAAAACCGUGACCAAACAAGGAAGGUAUCUGAUUAAUUUAUACCAGGAAAAUGCUUACCCUUUCACUGACGCAAGAUUGGAGUCUUUAGAGAAGCAAACGGAUGAAGAGGCUAAGAGUUUGCCUAAAUCAGCAUUUCAUGCAAAGCAUCAACAUGAGCUUAAUUUGGUUUCUGAACGUACUGGUGGUGGGCCUUUUAUCUGUUGUGAUUGUGAUGAGCAGGGCUCGGGUUGGGCCUAUCAGUGUCUUGAUUGCGGGUUUGAGGUCCACCCAAAGUGUGUUAGGCCCAUUCAACAGCCCAAUACAUGAUUGGGAAAAUGAUAGUUCAAUGAUAAGGGAUAUAAUUACGAAACUACCCUCCUCGAGAAUCCCCUAUUGUCCACAUUGUUUGAGACUAUGAGGCAAUGAGGAAAGGGAAAGAGUUGAGGGUGCUAUUGUUACCUCUUUGAUGUGCAGAAACACCAUUAAGAUUUAGUACUAACAAAAUUGGUGUUCAUCAUCAUUGGUGUAAAUUCAACAUGAUCAUGUAAACAGGUUCUUGAUGCCAUGUGAAUCAUGUGAUUUAUGAUAAUUUGGAAGUUGCUUCAUUUCAUUUAUUUCAAA